UCUCUCUCUCUCUCUCUCUAUAUAUAUAUAUAUAUACACAGACACGCACACGCUAUACCACUAUAAUUAUACUCUCCACCAUCGUUAAAUCAUCUUAGUUGUAAAUAUACCAAUGGAGAAGAACACUUUCCAAUCGGAAGAGCUUCAUGAACCCAUCUUAACGAGUUGCAGGCAAGAAUCGUCGGCGCAUCAUGGCCGUGAAGAAGACGAUAAUCAUGAGCUUGAAAAAGUGCUAUCCAACACUCAGCUAACAUACUCAAACCGUCUCCUCUCGGCGUCGCGGAUUGAGUUGAAGCUGCUUUUCAGGCUGGCGGCUCCCGCCGUGUUGGUUUACUUAAUCAACAACGCCAUGUCGCUUUCCACCCGUGUCUUCUGCGGCCACCUCGGCAACCUUCAGCUCGCCGCCGCCUCCCUCGGUAACAGCGGCAUCCAGCUCCUCGCCUAUGGCCUCAUGCUGGGGAUGGGAAGUGCAGUGGAGACAUUAUGUGGUCAAGCGUACGGAGCCCAGAGAUAUGAAAUGUUAGGGAUUUACCUACAGAGAUCAACGGUUGUGCUCACGUUGACUGGAAUCCCGUUGACCGUAGUCUACAUCCUAUCAAAGCCAAUCUUGAUUUUUCUGGGAGAAUCAACGGCUGUGGCUUCCGCGGCUGCAUUGUUUGUGUACGGUCUAAUCCCCCAGGUGUUUGCCUACGCCGUCAACUUCCCCAUACAAAAAUUUCUCCAAGCACAAAGUAUCGUAACGCCGAGUGCAUUGAUUUCAGCAGCCACCCUGGGGUUACACCUUUUGCUAAGCUGGGUGGCGGUGUACGUGCUUAACAUGGGAGUGAUUGGAGCAUCGUUGGUUUUGAGCUUGUCAUGGUGGAUCAUAGUGGGGGCGCAGUUUGUUUACAUAUUGAUGAGCGGUCGAUGUGAGUACACGUGGAUUGGGUUCAGCUAUCAAGCGUUUUGGGGACUGUUUGACUUUUUCAAGUUGUCAGCUGCAUCAGCGGUGAUGCUGUGCUUGGAGACAUGGUAUUUUCAGGUACUGGUGUUGAUUGCCGGGUUGCUUGAGAACCCUGAGCUUUCAUUGGCCUCUCUUGCAGUUUGCAUGGCAAUAAGUGGAUUGAUGUUUAUGGUAUCUGUUGGAUUCAAUGCAGCUGCAAGUGUGAGGAUUAGCAAUGAGCUGGGAGCUGGAAAUCCCAAGUCUGCAGCAUUUUCAGUGGUGAUAGUAAAUGUAGUUUCCUUCGUGAUCGCUGUAGCAGAAGCCAUUGUUAUCCUUUCUCUACGUGAUGUGAUUAGUUAUGCUUUCACUGAGGGCGAAGCAGUUGCCAUGGCAGUAUCAGAGCUGUGUCCUUAUUUGGCUGUUACCCUCGUUCUUAAUGGAAUUCAGCCUGUUCUUUCUGGGGUGGCUGUGGGAUGUGGAUGGCAAGCAUUUGUGGCGUACGUGAAUGUUGGAUGUUAUUAUAUGGUUGGCAUUCCUCUUGGUUUUAUUCUUGGGUUUAACUUCAACCUUGGUGUGAAGCAGGGAAUUUGGUCUGGGAUGAUUGGAGGAACUGUGAUUCAAACCCUGAUUCUACUGUGGGUAACAUUUCGGACUGACUGGAACAAAGAGGUGGAGAAAGCAAGGAACCGUUUGGAUCGAUGGGGAAACCAGAAGGAAGCUGUCAAUUGAUCGACCAGAAAAAUAAUCCACAUGUGAACAUCACAAUCACGGGCCAGGAUUGCUCCAAAAUUUGGUCCACUAGCUGUCAAUGACACUACAGUGAUAGAAUAAUAAUGUACUCAAAAUUCAGAAAAUACUGAGAGUUACAAUGUCAAGUAAGAACCAAAAAAAAGGGCUCUUUAGAGUACUUAAAUGGCUUUUGAUUUCAGUCUAGAUGACUUCUGACUUGGAUGUUUGAUUCUUGAUUGAUAGGUUCACGCUUUCUUCCUGCUGUUUUUCUUCAGAAUUUUGCCCAAGGCAUGACAGACAAAUACGGAUGAAGCAAGCUACGACUUGGGUCUAGGCCGAAGGUAGAAAUAUAAAUGUGUGUGAAGAAAGA